AGCUCUUUGUUCGAAACGACCUUUGAUUGGAGGUGUGUUCCGGGUUUGAACACACCCAGAAGAUCUUCCAGUAUCCGCCUUGUGCAUCGUUUAAACUUCAUAGGGAAUACCUCUUAAAUUUGGUUAUGACUGUGUUCGUGACCGAACUAGUUUCAGCCUUAGUAGUCUAACUCAGUGCGUGUUUCUGCUCAAGUCUCUUGACAGCUGACAGCUCGCGCAGUGUGGGUGUCCCUGCCCAAGCACCUAAAUCGGUUGCGCAGAUAAAAGAGGGUGAUUACAGAGGGAGGAUAUGGCGCCGAAGAGACGGGCAGCGGCAUCUGCCAAGAAGACAGGGACUAAAAAGGUGAAGCAGGAGGAACCAGAGAAACCCAAAGACGCCUUCACCUCCGCCAAAGAGGCCCUGAAGGCGGCAGGACCACAGGUGAAGGCCAAGAAGAUUGACCAACACUGCAACGUUGAAGGAGAGAUCUACGAGGAUUAUGACUGUAUGCUGAACCAGACCAAUAUCGGUCACAACAACAACAAGUUUUACGUCAUCCAAGUCAUCCUAUCAGAUUCCCAGUACUAUUGUUGGACCCGAUGGGGGAGAGUGGGCGAAUCGGGACAGUCCAACCUGUCUGAACUACCCAACGCAGAAUCAUCCGUCAAAAUGUUUGAGAAAAAGUUUAAAGAGAAAACGAAGAACAACUGGAGUGACCGUGGUAAAUUCCAGUCGCAUCCUGGGAAGUACACCCUGAUUGAAGUGGACGGGGAUGAGGACGCAGAGGUCAAGGUGGAUACUGUCGAUGGUGCAGCUGUGGUGGGCAACAGGAACGUCCUUCCAUGCACACUGGACAAACCCACUCAGAAACUCAUCGACCUCAUCUUCAGCAACGACAUGUUCAAAGAAGCCAUGGAGGUCAUGAACCUGGACAUCAAAAAGAUGCCCCUGGGGAAUCUGAGCAAACUGCAGAUCGCCAAGGGCUUCGAGGUGUUGGAGGAGAUCGAGGCGGCCUUAACCAGCAGCGGCAGGUCUCGUCCAAAGAGAUCGUCCAAUGUGCUGGAGGAGCUCUCGUCCAAGUUCUACACCACCAUCCCACACAACUUUGGCCGCCAGAGACCAACCCCCAUAGACACGAUGGAGAUACUAGAGAAGAAGAAGGAAAUGCUUCUGGUGCUGGCGGACAUUGAGGUAGCCCAGAAACUGAAGGCAGAGACCGAGAGGGCCCAGGACGAGAUGAAGGUGGAGACUGUUCCCCACCCUCUGAACCAGAACUACGACUCCCUCAAGUGCAGACUCAGCUUACUAGGGCGAGACACACACGAGUUUAAGGUCAUUAAGACAUACCUUGAUGUCACAGCGAACACGUACAGAAAACCUGUUAUCAUUGAUGUCUGGGAGGUGGACCGUGAGAGCGAGGCGGAGCGCUUCAGGGCGAACGACAGCCUGGACAACCGCCGCCUGCUGUGGCACGGCACCAACGUGGCGGUGGUGGCGGCCAUCUUGAAGAGCGGUCUGAGGAUCAUGCCACACUCCGGCGGCCGUGUCGGCAGAGGGAUCUACUUCGCCUCGGAGAACUGCAAGUCAGCGGGAUACGUGAGCACCUCUAAAGGCACAGGAGUGAUGUUCCUGAACGAAGUGAUCCUGGGGAAGGAGCACCACAUCACAGCUGACAACAGCUCCCUCCGGGAAGCUCCGCAAGGCUACCACAGUGUUGUGGCCCGGGGCAGCGUGGAACCAGACCCCUCCAAGGACGUCUCCAUCACCCUGGAUGAUAAGAAGGUGAUGGUGCCCCAGGGACCACCCAUAGAGCAGCCCCAGUUCUCCGGCAGCUCCUUCAGUAACAGCGAGUACCUUAUCUACAACGAGAACCAGUGUCGCAUUCGAUACCUGCUGGAGCUCAAGUUCUAGCUGCCAGGACUCGGGGAUGAGAUCCUCCUCUGCUCUGGGACUCAGGCUGCGGGGAUGAGAUCCUCCUCUCUGCUCUGGGACUCAGGCUGCGGGGAUGAGAUCCUCCUCUCUGCUCUGGGACUCAGGCUGCGGGGAUGAGAUCCUCCUCUCUGCUCUGGGACUCAGGCUGCGGGGAUGAGAUCCUCCUCUGCUCUGGGACUCAGGCUGCGGGGAUGAGAUCCUCCUCUCUGCUCUGGGACUCAGGCUGCGGAGAUGUGAUCCUCCUCUCUGCUCUGGGACUCAGGCUGCGGGGAUGGGAUCCUCCUCUCUGCUCUUCGAAACACGGUACAGAUUACGUUAGAAUCUCCCUCCCAAACCCAACCAAAGUGUCCUGGAUGUUUAGAAGAUGUUCCCCUGUGCCUUUUCCCACUCUCAUGGAAGGGCUUGUUUCCCUCCUCACAUACUCAAAGAUGUUUCUCACGUCACAGUAUCUGCUGUCAGAUUGUACCGCACCACACGUGUGUGUGUGUGUGUGUGUGUGUGCAUAUAUACAUGUACACAGUACCUAUGUUUAAGAAACAUUCUUCAAGGCCUCUCAAGAUUGAAUCUGUCAACUGUCACUUAACGGUUGUGCUUAUUUUGCUCGCUGCACUGUCAGCCCUGCUCCUGUAUAUUAGCUGUAUAACAGCUUAGUCCUGAGUUGACACUACUGCAAUUUCCACUGGCUUGAGGGAUAAACUGUAUGAUAACCAAAAUAUUGCCUAUGCACGAUGAAGAAUAUUCUAUACAUGACUGUAUAGUUGAAGUACGUAACGUAGAAGGUUGACCUCCACGCAGUAUGUAUAAACUGUAUGCCUUUAAGAAUUCUUAUCUUAGUUUUUGUAAGUGUAUGAAGGAUGUUUCUGCUGUUAACAGUAUGCAAGGUUUCCAAGCAAGGCCCUGAAAGGGUCUUUGUUAGUGUGCUGCAGUGUCAUGUAGCCUGGGUCAUUUCUCUGUCCUUAGGACCUGUGUUUUAGAGCUGGGAAACAGUUCCCUGCCUCUCCAGCAGGGGGCAUCUGCAUUAGUGAGCGAGAGAUUGAGGAUGUUGGAUGAAAACCCCUUAUUAUGCAAAACAAUAAAGACAACAAUUAUACUACA